GAAAUAUACGUUCAUAAAAAACCCCGCCGUUACAGAAUAUCGCCAAUCGGUACAAAAAGAGCUGGAAUGAAGCAAUAAAGGUCCGUCCACAUUCCUUAUUCAGCGCCGUCCGAAAAUUAAAGCCGCUUACAAGAAUUCGCACUCGCCACCUGAAAUAUUCGCCCUCGAGUGCUCUUAUUUAUUCGCCCGACACAGCCAUAGCUACUAUUUGUUUUUUCCAUUACAAUAAAAUGAAACGCCCCGCUAUAGCGAUAAUAUUUCAAUAUCUCCACGCGCCAGCCCGCUGCGAACCAAAGUGAUUUCGGAACGCUCCCAUUGGUCGAACCGCCAACGGUCGCUUUACGUUCGAUAUCCAAAUACAGAGUCCAGACAAAGACAGCGAUAUUACAAUAAGGUUAAGCGUGCCCAAGUUAGAAAGAGAGCCGUAUACGAUUGUCGGUGCAUGAAUAUUGUAUGAACGCGAAAGGCUAGUAUCAAUAAUACGUGCACGAAUGAAAUAAUAGAUUAUUCGUUUGUUCGAAUCGAACGUAAACAAAAUGUAAGCAUCCAUUACUGAUGCACGCAUGCGAGAGGCGAGAUAGCACUAUAUAAAGAUGAGAUGGUUAGAAAGAGGCAGGUAUAUGUUGGGUGAGACCGUCUGCGGCGCGGACGAUAUGGACACUAGAUGUUUUUGUAGCAGUCGGGCGUCGGGUUCCACAUUAAGCGAUCAUUUUAAGGGCGAACCAAUCAAACUGCAAAUUCAUACAAAUUGAUACUAAACGGGUUAUAUUAAUUUUAUAACAAAAAUUAAGUGUGUAAAUAAGUUGAACGGAGUUGUAAUUAAAACUAAUUGGGUGUAAUAUAGCGCUAAUUAUUUUGUAUUAAGGCGGGUUUUCGCUGGAAUUUUGUCGUUUUACUCCAGUUUUUUUUUACUUUAGAAUUUUUUUGAAAGUGACGUGCGGUAAACUUAAAAGUUUCCGGAUUUGGGGAGAGUGGUGACUGUUGGUGUGUGGUGGCAUAGUGGUGGGGCUGGUGGGGGAUGGUCGGCGGCGGGGGGCGCACGAUGGCGACAUAGGGGGCGGCCAGCAGGGGUGGCCGUUCGAGGCCAUGCUCAACAACCUCACGGCCACAGCUCUUGGAGGUCACAAAGAGCCGUGCCCAGAAGAGAAGCACGAUCUAAAGCCGGGCCUCGAGCGGCACCAUGCGCUCGGCGCUCGACUGCAUCUCGCGAAUAUACGCCCCGACCUGCAAGGUGGCAUCCACCAGCAGCACAUGGCCACGGUGCCCGUCAGCAUGCCUUCAUCGGCCUCCGAUAGCGACAAGCCCGCCAAGCAGAAGAGGCACCGGACCAGGUUCACGCCGGCGCAACUAAACGAGCUGGAGCGGUGCUUCUCCAAGACGCACUACCCCGACAUCUUCAUGCGCGAGGAGAUCGCCAUGCGCAUCGGACUAACGGAGAGCCGAGUGCAGGUGUGGUUCCAGAACCGUCGGGCGAAGUGGAAGAAACGCAAGAAGAGCACUAACGUCUUUAGGUCUCCGGGAUCUUUAUUACCGUCUCAUGGUCUCCCGCCGUUCGGGGGAGAUGUUUGUAGUCCUGGGGUUUUCGGAGACAGACCGUGGAGCAUGCCUGCAGGACUAGGCCAGCUAUCACAGGGCGGUGUAUCCAUGGGUGGCUUCGGCACCGGCGUGGGUGGCCUGCCGCAGCUCUCCGCCGACCUCAACCCGGCGCUACCCAUCUCCUCCGUGGCCUCCAGCCAGCCCUACCAGCCGCACUACCCGCUCAACUCGCUGGGCGACACCAUGAUGUCGUACUGCAACAACAUCGGGCAGCAAGGCGGCGCGCUGGAGGGCUCCCCCACUCCCCCCCACAUGCACUGCGGGAACAACGCCUCGCCCACCGCUUCAGGAGCGGGCGGCGAAGGCGAAGAGGAGGUGUGGCGCGGACACAGCAUCGCGGCGCUGCGGCGGCGCGCGUCCGAGCUGUCGGCCGCCAUCCCGCCCUACCUGCAGCUCAACUACGACGCGCACAGCCCCGUCUACUGACCGCCCGCCACGAACACCACAGCAACCACGGACCUAGCGUUUGAAUAAACCAUCCCGUCCUACGUCUGGUGCGGCACUGCGCCUACACCUGCAGCCCUUGCGUCUAACGAGCGAACAAUUUCGUAAAACGAGAAAUUGAUCAUAGUUUUGAAAGUAAGCGUCUAACUGUGAGUGAACCGGCGGGAUGGUUCAUACCCGAUCGCACUUGUGACAACACCGCGCCUGAAGCUGCGGCGCUUGCGUCGACGCGACGACGCUUAUAACAUGCCGUCUACGGACAUGCUGACGUGAGCGACAACAUUCCUGAUGUAUGAUAAUAGAAAACCUCAGUUAAUAGAAAAAUUAUAUGUUAUACCAAAAAUAAAUAUACCGGAAAUGUGUUUUGAGCACAUACGUACGUUAACAUACGCUACGUACUAUUGUGCGAGUGCCACAAAUUAUCUACAUGUCCAAAAAUUUGCAAUCAUUUUUUUCAUUCUUGUGAUGUGAUGAUACUGAUGAUGGUGAUCAUUUGAAGAAUGACAUUAAUGUCAAAAUGUAUAUAAAAGUAAGACAUACUUAAAUCUUACAUGAAAUCCAUAGCUCGAUACUGGUUUGACAGGAAAAAGGGUUGCCAGCUUUACGGGUGAAAUAAAAUAAUUAAUUUUACUGAUUUUGAAAGUAUAACCCGUAGGUUUUUUUUUAAUAUCGGCAAAAUCACAUAUUGCAGCAAUUUUUUUUAAUAUUGCAUUAUUAACUGUCAAACUUGCGCGUGGAUAUAUAGACUCUAGUUUUAAAACUAUUUGAGGUCCUGUCACUAUCUAUGGGGUGACAACAAAGUCCUUUAGGACAACUAAAAUUAAUAAAAUGUGAGCUGUAUUCAAAAUAUGUAUACGCGUUCGUACAAUAAUAAAUAAUAAUGAUAGUAAUAACGGUAAGCUAUUUAUUUCUUAAGUAUAGGUAUCAUCGUGAAGUAUUAAAUAGUUGUAGGUAGUUUACUCGAUGUAUGUUUAGAGUAGGUAUUAUUUGACAUUCCGGUACAGAGUAGAGGCAUAUGUUAUAUGUAGUGUGGUUAGUCAUGACUUUGAUUGAUACAGGCAAUUUUUGUUUUUGUGCUUUAUCAUUUGUUUGUUCGUCCUAUUCACAAAAUUACCAUAAUUACAUUGAAAAAGCAUAUUCAGAAACUGAAUACAUAUUUAAUAAACAAAAUAACUUUUGCUAGAUUCGGUUUUAUAAAAUAUAUAAGUCUUGUAAGCAAGAAUGCCUGUGUCAAUCAAGUUCACACAACUUUUUAAACCGACAAUUCUAAAUAUUUCUGGAGUAAAUCUGAAAUAGUCAUUCGUCUUUUUUCUAUGACAUUCAUGUCCUUGGUAUAAAUAUUGUGAAAAUGUAUACGCAACCCGAGUAUACUGUCAAUGUAUAGCUGUAUGGUUCGAUAAGAAUUUAAAAUGUUCGUAUUUUUGAGUAACUGGCGGCCACUGAUUAUUUUUUGUAUUGAAUUAGUUAAAAGUGGUUGAUAGUUCCUAUUUUAUUUUCUUAAUCUCAAUUUAUUUUCUGUGUAAUCUUCCGUCCGUUUCUUUUAGUUUUUAGCAACAAAUUAUUUUACUUACGAAAUUAAAAUUGUCACAAGAUAUUUUUGUAAGUAUAUUAUUAUUUUGGAAAUAUCAAGCGAAAGUGACGUUUAAUCAUUUUUUGGUAAAACUAUAGUAAGAAAACAUGUUUAUUAAUACUAUUUGAAUUUUGGCUUAUUAUACUUUUAUUAUUUUUACAUUCUGUUGCUUUUAUAUAUAAGUAAAGGACUGAGUGAUUAUUAUUAGCUUAAUAGAGAGAAUAAUAAUUAAUAAUAACUGGCGGAAAUGGCCGACGGCCGUUCGCGCUCGCUCGCUCCUGCGUGUAAUAUAUCGUCUAGUAGUAUUGUUAGCUCUAAGUAUACAUACAUACAAUAAAAUAGACAAUGUUCAA